AUGAAGUUUGUGGCUUUUUCCACAACUAGUUCAGAUACCGAUCAAAAUACGGAUGACGAAGAGAGAACAAGUGAUAGCGAAAUGGAUAGUGAAACGGAUAUUUCAAGUAAUACUGAUGAUAGUUCUGAAGAUGGAGAAGUCAUAAACAUUAGUAAUGUUAAUAACGUACGAUGGACCAAUAAAGUUGUUACUAUUGAUCCUCGCCAAGUGUCCUGCUUCUAUUCCAGCACACCAGUUGUACACAUUGCUGAUAUCUCUAAAGCAACACCCAAACAAUUUUUUGAGCGGUUUAUGCCUGUUGAUUUUAUAAUGUCAGUGGUAAUUCCAUCUACAAAUAAGAGUGCACGUGAAUGUGAACGUGGGUGGAGUAAUUUAACAUGGAUGGAAUUUAUGAGAUUUAUUGGCAUUUUAACGAUUAUGAC